AUCUGCCCUCUUUUCUUUAUUAGCCUGGGACCUCGCGCCAUCUCGAGAGAAGUAACGGGUUGCUCUUGGUCUGUCCAAGCUUGCAACUAGUUCAGCGAGAAGCAGUGCUAAAACCCUCAUUUUCGAACCGCUUCCUCCGCCCCAUCGGUUAGGCCGGUUGCUGCCCCUGGUCAAGAUCAACCACGUCCCUUUUGGUUCGACUGGACCGCUCACCGAUCUGGUGGUCUUCCCUCGUGCAAAGAGACGCUUGUUGUUUCCCGACCCAUUCCCUCAGUCGUUACAAGCUCUCCCCACUCUGCCGACGUUUAGGUUGACCGGUGGAUGCUCUCCCCUCGCCUGGGCAGCCAUCAGAAUAAAGAAUACGCCGGUGCUCGAUCUAAAGAGUGCUUCAGUCCUAUCGUCGCCUGCUGGCCGAGCUUGCGGCCUAAACAGUUUACCUUUUUGCGCGACUGCUGUCAUCCACUACCAUCACUUCGGGUCACGUACCACUCGAGAUCCUACCAACCGCUGCCUCGUGCAUUCACCACGCCUACACUUUACGUGGUGGGCAUUCAAAGUCACUAUUGAUGGACAGGGGAGCACCAGAAUACGCGCAGUCAGGUUAGCAACUUCACCACCAGAAGAAAUUCACGAGCAAGCUCUGAGAAAGUCGUGUCGCUAGAUCAAUCGUCUGUUGCGACAUACACCACGCAAGACCCGCGUUCCUCGAACAUCUCGAGCAACAACACACCGCAGUCGGAUUACGGUUUGACGCCGUCGUCUGCGCGCUCAUCGGGGUUUCCGCCAGAACAUCUGCGAUACAGCCAGUUCACUCACGCGCCCCCACAUCCAGGUGCAGUAGGAACAAUGGCACAACCAACAAGUCCGUCAAUAACCCUGCCGGAGGGCGCGCCCAAUGGCAAUCCAACCGCAAAUUCCCACCAUGUGAGGUCUAACUCGGACGUGCCUAUAGAUCCCUCGAUAUCGCAAGCUAGCCCGACCUACCCUCCAUACUCACCGUAUACCCAAGACGGUAACAUGCAGCACGCCUACCAGCCUCAGCAUCCCCCGUACAUGCAGCAGCGACCACCUCACGAGCAAUGGGGAGGCUAUCCACCACAGCAUGGUAUGCCUGCACCAUACCCGCAUCCCGGCACCGGGGUCCAAGGACCGCCUCAAACUUCGGCAACAUCGCGCACCGGUCAGGUCUAUUCGUUUGUCCCAAUCCCUGGUGCACAGCAGCACAAGCGACCUCGUAGACGGUAUGAAGAGAUUGAGAGAAUGUACAAGUGUGGGUGGAAUGGCUGCGAGAAAGCAUAUGGGACUUUGAACCACCUGAACGCCCACGUGACCAUGCAGUCGCAUGGUACAAAGAGAACACCUGAAGAAUUCAAGGAGAUCCGCAAGGAGUGGAAAGCUCGCAAGAAGGAAGAAGAAAAUGCCAGAAAGGCUGAGGAAGAACGACAGCGACAGGCAGCAGCUCAAGCGAGCCAAGUGGACGGCCAGGCAGGUGACGCACACCAAGUGCCCGGACAGGGUUAUCAGCAGAACGGUGCUCGACCCUCGCUGCCACCUAUCGGCUAUCAAUCGGCAGAUGGACACGCGCAAGGACAGUACGCACAACCUCAGGGUGGUAUGGUCUACCCACAAGGAAACGGCCAGAUGGGCAACUACGCCAACUACCCCAAUUCCCCCUACGCCCAACAAGGCCAGGUCUAUCAACAACGACAAUACUAGUCCCAAUGGACCCAGCAGCAAGGUCGAGUGGCUUUUGGAUGGCUUGCUAAUUGCAGUCCCGCAAUAGAGGCUGUACUAGAAUCCCAUGCUUUUAUGCAUUGGUGUGGUGCCACUUCUUUUUUGCAACAGAUACCCUAGGUGGGAGAGGAGGAGAUAAUAGGAGAGCGACAGGGGAAACGUCAAAAGAAUCCGGUCCAUGCGAGCAGGAGUUCUUUGCCAGGUGGGCUGGUUGGGUUGGUUGUGUGCAUAUUGAUGAGUUCUUUUUUUUCUUUCUUCCUUUCAGCGGCUGGGUGCAUCAGAACCGGCUCAGCGACACAGAGGGUUCAAGCAAGGGGAUGAAUGUGAUGACGGCCGACAGCAUGCAAUUUUGAAAGGGACAGAAGACGUAUCCGGGUGUGGUUUGUCAUCUGCACGCACACCCGAUCAUGAGCCUACGACCCGCAGGAGCAGAAGGGGAGACCUCCAUCGGCCAUGACUGCUGCACAACUCAGUUGGCAUUGGGGAGGUGUUUGAGUUCCUCUGUUGUACAUUCGUGGUAUUCAGAAUUGAGCAGGAUACGACUCUUACUUUGUAGGGGCUCGAGAUGAUCGUAUUGUUAGGACGUCUGAGUGCGGUCUUGCAGGACUUCUAGUCGCAGAGGCAAGCCGCUCGAAGACACGAUCAUCAAUUCAUGAUACCUUUCCUUCAUAUAUUGUUGUCCGUAUCUAGAAUCCAGAACCGAGUCGUAACGCCGGCCGAGGGAGAAAAGUCGUGGAGGCCAUUGCGGC